AUGGUCUUCACAUCUCGCCAUGUCGAGCUUAACACCCCCGGUGGUUCGGACUCCGAGUUUGAAGACCUGGGGGACUACGAUAUUCCCUCAGGCGGGCUGGUCGACGAAGACGGGCGAAACGAAAACGGCGUGCGCGAGGUUGUGAUUGCCGUCAUGGGGGUCACGGUCGCGGGCAAAAGCUAUCUGAUCCGGGCCAUCACAGAGAAAGCUGUCAGGGCCGUCGAGGGCAUCACGAUGAAGUACAGGGACGUCAGCCUAACUCUCCUCGACUCGCCCGGCUUCAAGGACACAUAUCGCUCUGACACCGACGUCCUGUACGAGAUCUCGUCGUAUCUGGCCGGCACGUAUAGCCAGGGGUCCAAGCUUUCGGGCAUCAUCUACGUGCAUCCCAUCACCGACGUUAGGAUGGACGGGCCGUCGCUCCGCAGCCUGCGCAUGUUCUGA